GAGCGGGCGGGGCAGGGCCACGCCCCCAGCCGGGCGGCCCGGGCUCCGCCCCUCCCUCCUCAGUUUCCCGAGCGGGGACGGAAGGUCGACCCCAGCGCAGCGCGGCCGCCGAGGCUCUUGAGCCACAGCCGACGGCAACGAGGAAACAUUGUAACAACGCUGAGAAUUAUUUUGCGCAGCGGCGGGGAGAAGAAAGCACCAGCCGCCCUCUGCCUGGCCCCGCGGUGCCUCGGCGGCCCGAAAGUCUCCGCGUGGGUCAGCGCGCGGGGCGGGGGGCUCCAGGGAGACGGCUCGCACACCAGCCCGGGAAUUCGGGUGACAUGUGAAACCUGACGGGGAACCAGGGCUCAGAGGGAAGACCCCAAAGCCCUUGACGCCAGCCGGCGCGGCUCAGGCUCUGUGCGCCAAGGGGAGACAGGAGCAGCAGGGCACGUCUCACCUGUGAUUCCAGAGUCUCGGAGGCUGCCGGAAAGGGCUGGUUUUCCCGAGGAUGAGGGAGCCUCACCCUUGGCAGAGAGGCUUGGGGGCAAUUCUCACUUCUGCCCUCUUUCUCCUGGGCUGCUGGGGACUCUCCGAUUUCCAGCAGCAAUUUCUUCAGGCUUUGGAGCCGGAGGAAGUGACUUCUUAUUUCGGCCCUGAAGCUACUUUAAAAGUGCCUCCGUUCCAUGUGGCCCCUCUCAGCUGCGUCUGUGAAGACGGGCCCCGGGGGCCUCCCUGCACGACCCCGCGCUGCUCCCUGCACGCCUGGGGCCGGCGCAUCGCCGUCUCCUUCCCGCCGGAGCGGAGCCUCCUGUCCGGGUCCUUCACCAGCGAGCGGGUGCUGAACGCCUCCCUCCGGCUACUGAGGCGGCCCACCCACCUCUGCUUCACGGGAGGCCGCCCCCUGCUGCCCCCGGGCGCCCGGGCCAGAGUCACUUACUGCUCGGGCGGCUUGGAGGGUGACAUCCUGGUGGGUGCAGACAGGUUCUACAUCCAGCCAGUGAGGAGGCAGCACCAGGAGCUGGUGCCUCCCUGGGUUCGUGCCCAGCCGCACCUGAUCCACAGGCCUGUCCCCAAGGUCCCCACAGUCCCCGAGGCCCCAGAAGUCAUCCAAGGCCGUCUUCCUUCCCCUCGCAUCCGGAGACGGGCUGCGGGGAGUGUCCUGCACUUGGAGCUGCUGGUGGCCGUGGGCCCCGACGUCUAUCAGGCUCACCAGGAGGACACCGAGCGCUACGUGCUCACUAACCUCAACAUGGGGUCAGAGCUGCUGAGGGACCCAUCUCUGGGGGCUCAGUUCCGAGUACAUCUAGUGAAGAUGGUCAUCCUGACCCAGGCCGAGGAUGCUCCAAGCAUCACGGGCAACGUCACGGCGUCACUGCUGAGUGUCUGUGAGUGGAGCAGGACCGUCAACCCCGAGGACGACGCAGAUCCGGGCCACGCCGACCUGGUCCUCUACAUCACCAGGUUUGACCUGGAGUUACCGGAUGGUAACCGGCAGGUCCGAGGGGUCACCCAGCUGGGGGGUGCUUGCUCAUCCUCCUGGAGCUGCCUCAUCACUGAGGAUACUGGCUUUGACCUGGGGGUCACCAUCGCCCAUGAGAUCGCACACAGCUUGGGCGUGGAGCACGACGGUGCACCGGGCAGCGGCUGCGGGCCCAGUGGCCACGUGAUGGCAUCCGGGGACGCCGCGCCCGCCCCUGGCGAUCUGUCCUGGUCUGCCUGCAGCCGCCAGCAAGUGCUGCAGCUGCUCAGCGCAGGACGGGCGCACUGCCUGUUGGAUCUGCCGGGGCCGCAGGCGGGGACCGCGGGGCGCCCUCCCCCGGCGCAGCCAGGCCUCCUCUACGGCGCAGACGAGCAGUGCCGCGUGGCCUUUGGUGCUAAGGCCGUGGCCUGCACCUUCACCAGGGAGCACCUCGACAUGUGCCAGGCUCUGUCCUGCCACACGGACCCCCUGGACCAAAGCAGCUGUAGCCGCCUCCUCGUUCCUCUCCUGGAUGGGACAGAGUGCGGCAUGCAGAAGUGGUGCUCCAAGGGUCACUGCCGCUCCCUGGCGGCGCUGAGCCCCGUGGGGGUGGUGCACGGGCACUGGUCUAGCUGGGGUCCCCCCAGCCCUUGCUCUCGCUCCUGCGGAGGAGGUGUGGUCACCCGGAGGAGGCGCUGCAACAACCCCAGGCCUGCCUUUGGAGGGCGUGCGUGUGUGGGCGCUGACCUCCAGGCUGAGACGUGCAACACCCAGGCCUGUGAGAAGACCCAGCUGGAGUUCAUGGCCGAGCAGUGCUCCCAGACGGACGGGAAACCGCUGUAUCUGUCCCCAGGCAACGCCUCCUUCUACCGCUGGGGCCCCGCUGAGCAGUACAGUCAAGGGGACGCUCUGUGCAGACACAUGUGCCGGGCCAUCGGCGAGACCUUCAUGGUGAGGCGUGGGGACCGUUUCCUGGAUGGGACCCGGUGUGUGCCAAGUGGUCGGCAGGAGGACGGGACCCUGAGUCUGUGCGUGGCGGGCAGCUGCAGGACAUUCGGCUGUGACGGCGCGAUGGACUCCCCGCAGGUGCGAGACGUGUGUCAGGUGUGCGGAGGGGACAACAGCACGUGCCAGCAGCGGAACGGCUCUUUCACGGGCGGAAGGGCCAGAGAGUAUGUCACGUUCCUGACCGUGACCCGCAACCUGACCAGCGUACACGUCACCAACCGGAGGCCUCUCUUCACGCACCUGGCCGUGCGGAUCCGAGGGCGCUACGUCGUGGCGGGGACUUCCAGCAUCUCUCCCAGCACCACCUACCCCUCCCUCCUGGAGGACAGCCGUGUGGGGUACCGAGUGGCCCUCACCGAGGACCGGCUGCCUCUCCUGGAGGAGAUCCACAUCCGGGGACCCAGCCAGGACGACGUGGAGAUCCAGGUUUACAGGCGCUACGGGGAGGAGUAUGGUGACCUCGCACGCCCAGACAUCACCUUCACCUACUUCCAGCCUAAGCGGCCACAGGCCUGGGCGUGGGCCGCCAUGCGGGGGUCCUGCUCGGUGAGCUGUGGGGCAGGGCUGCGCUGGGUGACCUACGGCUGUCUGGACCAGGCCAGGAACGAGUGGGCGGAGGCCGCCCGGUGCGAAGGGAGCCAGCAGCCGGCAGCCUGGUCAGAGUCCUGCGCCCCCAGGCCCUGCCCCCCAUACUGGGCAGCCGGAGACUUCGGUGCGUGCAGCGUCUCCUGCGGGGGAGGCCUGCGGGAGAGGGCGGUGCGUUGCGUGGAGGCCCAGGGGACCCUCCUGAGGCCGCUGCCCCCUGCCCGGUGCAGAGUGCUGGCCCCAGAGCCAGCAGUGGUGGAAGACUGCAACCUCCAGGCUUGCCCGGUGAGGCAGGAGGGCUCAGACGCGUGCUCGCCAGCCUGUGGAGCAGACCCGGCUUUGUGGAAUAGGACAUGUGUGCUCAGGGCAGAGGGCCUGGCCACCGCGGGGCCCUGCCCCACAGACGAGAAGCUGCCUACCCAGGAACCCUGUGUGGCCACAGCAUGUUCUCCAGAACCAAGCGAUCCAGACCCCCGGCCUCUGGAGGAGGAGGCCACAUCCCCACCGGGCGGUGCUGGGGUGGGGGCUCACGCCGCACACAUGUGGACUCCCCUGGCGGGGCCGUGCUCUGCCUCCUGCGGCCGAGGCCUGAGGGAGCUGCGUUUCGUGUGCAUGGACUCUGUCCUGGGGACCCCUGUCCAGGAGGAGCUCUGUGACCUGGGAAGCAAGCCUGGGAGUCGGCAGGAAGCCUGUCGGGCUGCCCCUUGCCCAGCUUGGUGGGAGACCCGAGCCUUGGCACCGUGCCCAGUGACCUGCGGACGGGGCUGGGUGCCACUGGCUAUUCGGUGCGUGAGGCUGGACCAAGGCCACCCUGUCCCCCUGCCUCCCUCCGAGUGCUCGCGGGUGCCCAGGCCCAGCCCUGUGCAGGACUGCAGUCCGAAGCCCUGCCCUGCCAGGUGGAGGUAUAAGCUGGCGGCGUGUAGCGUGAGCUGCGGAGGAGGGUUUGCGCAGAGGCUGCUGUACUGUGCGCGGGCCCACGGGGAGCAUGAGGACGAGGAGGUCCUGCCGGAUACCCAGUGCCAGGGGCUGCCGCGCCCGGAGCAGCGGGAGGCCUGCAGCCCAGAGCCCUGCCCGGCCAGGUGGAAAAUCCUGUCCCUUGGCCCGUGCUCAGCGAGCUGUGGCCUCGGCACCGCCACGCGCUCCGUGGCCUGUGUGCAGCUCAGCCAAGGCCAGGAUGUGGAGGUGGAGGGGGCAGCCUGCGCGGCUCAGGUGCGGCCUCAGGCCAGCGUCCCUUGUGUCAUCACCGACUGCACCUACCGGUGGCAUGUCAGCUCCUGGACACAGUGCUCGGUCUCCUGCGGGGAUGGCACCCAGCACCGGCAUCACGCCUGCAUUGGACCCCAGACCCAGGCGCCCGUGCCGGCCGGCUUCUGCCAGCACGUGCCCAGGCCAGCCACAGUGCAGAGCUGCUGGGCCGGACCCUGCACCGGGCAGGGGACUCCCAGUCUGGCACCCCGCCAGGAAGCCACUGCUGCAGACCUGGCCGUGGCUGCUGCUUCUCUGGAGCGGCCCCAGCCCCGGGCCCCAGCUUCCUGGCUUCAGGGGCUCCUGCCUGGGCUCCAGGAAAGCCCAGCUGAGCCCAGUGCCUGCGGCCGGCAGCACCUUGAGCCGACAGGAACCAUUGACAUGCGAGGCCCAGGGCAGAUGGACUGUGCCGUGGCCAUUGGGCGGCCGCUGGGUGAGGUGGUGACCCUUCAGGUCCUGGAGAGCUCCCUCAGCUGCAGGGCUGGGGACAUGCUGCUGCUUUGGGACAGGUUCACAUGGAGGAAGACGUGCGGGAAGCUGUCUGGCUCGACCUUCAGCUCCAAAACAAACACGCUGGUGGUGAGGCAGCACCGCACGCAGCCUGAAGGCGGGGUUGUGCUGCGGUACGGGAGCCGGCCUGCCUCGGGAACCCCCCACAGAGGCUGCCACCACGGACCCCCGCCCUGGCCCUGAUGUUCUUCAAGACCCUUAGGGUCCUCUGUGCGCAGCUUUCCCUUCCCCAGAGCCCUGUUCUGGUGCACCGUGCUCUUGGCUCAGCCCCCACAGAGCUGCUGUGUGCACGCGUGCUUAUACGUGUGUGCGCGCGCACACACAACUUCACGGAGGGGAUGGCACCCCACGGCCCUCCUGGUGUCCUCUCUGGUGUCCCACGGCCCUCUGGAGGCCCCUGGGGACUUGCUGUCCCCCAACAGCCCGGGCUGGCUGAAUGUGGCUUCCCUAGCCAGUUCCAGAGGUUUCUGGGAUCCCCCUGGCUUUGCCUCUACAGAGACCUGACGCGGUCCCCGAACUCUCAGUGCCCUCACUGAGAGCACAGACUGGCCACCCCUUCUCACCGCUCUCCACUUCCUGGUCUUUUGCAUGUGGGCUUUUGCUCCCUGGGGCCGGGGGUACAGGCAGGCGCUUCCCGUGGGUUCCUAAUAAUGGCAGUGGCCUUUGUGACAGGCUCAGUGCUAAGCACUCCUGCACGCGUGACGUGACCUAAGGACUGCUCUCUCAACGCCUGCUCUUGUUCGCUUUACUCUGUGGAGGGGGGUCUGGAGCUCAGAGCACUGAAAGCCUUCGCCUAGGGUCACACGACAGAGCGUGGUGGAGGUGGGGUUCAGCGGUGGCUUCUGUAGGGGAGGCUUGAUCUUGACAACACCACCGUAUCGCCCCCCGUCACUGCUCCCCAGCUGUGAGCUACCCUGGCCUCCGGCAUUGGUGGUCUUUCUGGGGGCUCCUAGGACCCGAGAUGGUCCCCACCGGCCCGUCCACCUGCUCUUCU